GUUAAGUCUUUUAAAACUGCAACCUAAAAAUGGCUUCUAAAAGAGCCCUGGUCAUCUUGGCCAAGGGAGCCGAGGAGAUGGAGACUGUCAUCCCUGUGGAUGUCAUGAGAAGAGCUGGAAUUAAGGUCAUCGUUGCGGGCUUGGCUGGAAAAGACCCAGUACAGUGUAGCCGAGAUGUUGUCAUUUGUCCUGAUGCCAGUCUUGAAGAUGCAAAAAAAGAGGGACCAUUUGACGUGGUGGUUCUGCCAGGAGGUAAUCUGGGUGCACAGAAUUUAUCUGAGUCUCCUGCUGUGAGAGAGAUACUGAAGGAACAACAGAACAGUAAGAGACUCAUCGCUGCCAUCUGUGCAGGUCCUACAGCUCUUUUGGCUCAUGAAAUAGGUUUUGGGAGCAAAGUGACAACACACCCACUUGCUAAAGACAAAAUGAUGAAUGGAAAUCAUUACAGCUACUCAGAGAAUCGUGUGGAAAAGGAUGGCCUUAUCCUUACAAGCCGUGGUCCCGGAACCAGCUUCGAGUUUGCUCUUGCUAUUGUUGAGGCCCUGAACGGCAAGGAGGUGGCUGAUCAGGUGAAGGCUCCACUGGUUCUUAAAGAUUAG